GCGAAAUCGUGCUCGUGCCGCGCACAAUGCGUCUCCUCGACCGACCGGAAACGGAUAAUCUCGAUAUCGUUACGAACACGACGCGAACGAACAGAAGUUAAAUCCUCGAGACCGCCAAGUGUGUAGUUUUAUGGUGUUUUCGUGUGACUGACAGAUUCUGUUCUUUUUCUCGGUCUACAGUUUCACGUUGUAACGACUAUCUGAAUAAAGAGAAUGUUCAAAAUUCCCCUAGAAAAUUCCAUUGAAUAGCGAAAACGAAACACAGACUUGAAGCAAGGAGCGGAAGCGACUUCUUGAAAAAUUCCUAUUUAAAAUUCUUUCUCAUUUAAUAAUAAGAACAAAGUACAGACUGAAGAUACAGGCCGAAAGGAAGAAGCCAGAAUUUCUCCAAAUAUACCACCGAAAAUUCUGCUCAAAUACAAAGACAAAAUACUGAAGAAACUGAAAGGAAGGAAGAAAAAGAUAAGAAUGCCGGUAGAGUCGUCAAUAUAUUGGGAUUCGAUCGGUUCUCAGCGUUCUACUUCCGUUGGUAGCUCCGGGGAUGCAUACAGCUCUGGAAGUGCCAGCAGACACUAUGUCGACCCGUGGGAUUUGGAGAAUUAUGUGUACCUACGUCGACAUAGUGUCGCCAGUCUGGCGCAACAGAUGCCGCUACAUCAUCGUCGACCCACCUAUCGGUUAUCCCAAGAGGCAGCGCCUGCUCAAUCUGAAUACUGGUACUCGUCGUCGGUGAGAGAACCUGGCUACGACGCGCCUGCUUUCGUGGAAGAAUUGUAUUGUGGACCAGCCAGACUCACGAACAAUAGUUGCUACUAUCAUCAGCCAAUCUACGAGGACGAAGUACCGGAUUACGUCGCCCCUUUUCCGGUCUACGCGCCUCUCUCCGAAGCGAGACACGGUGAAUUCAUGGAAGACCACAGGCGAUUUGGACACAAAUGCAAGCCUACGUCUAUGGGAGAGAUUCAUAGAUCUAUGAGCGUGGACGCUAACCUUCCGCCAAUGGAUUCUAUAGAAUUAGAUAUGCCAGAUUAUCGUUCUCAGCAAGAAUACACAUCGAUGGAACAAGAGAAAUACAUGGUAGAAAUUGUUCCACCACCUCAUUUGGACCUAAACACAUAUGGACAUCUAAAAAUCGAUUACACGAACAGCUGGAAUUCUUUGAAUCGAAAAAUCCGAAAAUAAUUGCCAAUAAGAUUUUUCUUUUCAAAGAAAGCAUUAAAUUAUUCUUCAGAUAUACUAAUAUAUCGAUACUUAGAAAUGUCGCCAAUUAUUUAUGUAAUAUAAUACAAGUAUGUACUAUUUAAGAAACUUAAAAUCGAACCAAAAAUUAUUCAUAGUUUAAUUUACUCGAGUAUACGAAAAUCAGAAACUAACUUUUUAUUUACUAUAAAUGCAGUAAAUUAAUGUAUUUUAUAUCAAUCGUAGUAUAGUUGUGUCUCGUAUGUGAAAUAAUAAAUGCUAAAUACCUAUUUUAAGGAA